AAUAUGUGAAGCCACUUUUAGAUAUAGAGAAGAAUGACAGUACAUGCAUGGUAGGUAUCUUUGAAACUGGUGGAAUUGAUAAGACAACUAUCGCUAAAGCCAUCUACAACUCGAUUGCAUCCCUAACUGAAGAAAACAGGAUAAGUGACGUAAGAAAUCAAGUACUCUGUGCAUUAGACAGUGAAAAAAAGGUCAAAGACUUGAUAGACCCGGAAAACAGAAGAAGUGACAGAAGAAAUCGAGCAUUACUUGGUGCAUUAGACAGUAAAAAACUUCUCAAAGCAGUUAACCAUUGCUUGUUAUUCAUAAAAGAAAAAGGAAAACAUGUCAAAGACUUGAUAGACUUGGGUGUGUUCAGAGAAGAAAAUAGGAACGGUGUGUUCAAAGAAGAAAAUGUGGAAGACAUAGAUGUACCAUUUUUUCAUUUGGAAUGCAUUCUAGCAGCUACAUAUAACUUCUCAGAUGCAAAGAAGCUUGGACAAGGAGGGUUUGGAAGUGUUUACAAGGGCACAUUUCCAAGUGGUCAAGAGAUUGCUAUAAAGAGGCUUUCAAGAAACUCAUGUCAAGGUGUUCAAGAAUUUAAAAGGGAGCUGUUGAUCAUUGCAAAACUUCGACACAGGAAUAUUGUUAGGCUUGAGGGAUAUAGCAUGGAAGGAGAAGAAAAAAUUUUACUCUACGAGUACAUGCGGAACAAAAGCUUACACUCAUUUAUAUUUGAUCAAAAGCUAAGCAUGUGUUUAGACUGGAAAAAGCGCAUCAACAUCAUUUUGGGAAUAGCUCGUGGACUUUUUUAUCUUCACCACGUCCUUGAAUUGAAGAUCAUCCAUAGAGACUUGAAACCAAGCAACAUUCUUUUAGACGACCAGAUGAACCCCAAAAUAUGUGACUUUGGCUUAGCAAGGAUUAUUGGAAGCAAAGAAACUGGGGUAUUUAAAGCUUUUGACGAUAUGUUUUCACAAGCCGAGGAAAUGAUUACCACAAUAGCUGGAACUAUUGGUUAUAUGCCUCCGGAGUCACUAGUUCAUGGAAUAUACUCAACCAAAUCCGAUGUUUAUAGCUUUGGUGUACUUCUACUUGAGAUUAUAAGUGGAAGAAGGAGAGCAGAAUUUACUAUGUCAAAACCACAUAAGAACAUUAUAGGAUAUGCGUGGAGAUUGUGGGCAGAAAACAAGGUGUUGGAUUUAAUGGACCCAACUCUUCAUAAAGUUUGCAACGCAGAUCAGUUUGUGAAGUGUGUACAUAUUGGACUCUUAUGCGUACAAGACGACCCAAAUGACCGUCCCACCAUAUCAAAUGUUGUUACCAUGCUUGACGGUGAAACUGGAACACUUCCAACUCCAAAACAGUCUACAUAUGUUUCAGGCCUUUCUAGCACAGUUAGUUCUUUUAGGAUAACGUAUUCAUAUACGGAAUUAACUAAUAGUUUUGAGUUUGAAGGAAGAUAAUGGUUGAUACCAAUGCAAAGAUUCCAGUGGACCAAACAUUUGAUAUCAAUUAUGGUACU